GAUGGCGGCUGCCGGCGGACUGGGGAGUCGUAGCGCAGCAGUUAAGACGGGCCAGCUAAUGGACACGGGGAGUGGCGGCGCCACCGAGGCGCCGCCGGGAGGCUGCUCAGACGCCGUGCUACCGGGGUUCAGGGAUGCCGACUCCUUCGUCAAGCAUGCACUUGGCACUGUGGUGGCUGCUACUAAGGCAUCUAAUGGGCUCCCUCAGCCUGGAGAUGAAUAUGACUUCUAUCGCAGUUUUCCUGGAUUCCGGGCAUACUGUGAAACGCAAGGUGACAGGCUGCUUCACUGUAUGAGCAAGGUGAUGCAGUAUCAUGGCUGUCGCAGUCACAUCAAGGAUCGCAGCAAAGCAACAGAGCUGGAAGAUAAAUUUGAUUUGCUGGUUGACUCCAAUGAUGUCAUUCUUGAAAGAGUGGGUAUUUUACUGGAUGAAGCAGCAGGAGUGAACAAGAACCAGCAGCCUAUCCUCCCUGCAGGGAUGCAGCUCCCAAAGACAAUUGUUUCCAGCUGGAACCGUAAGGGUGGAGAAUCCCACAGAACAAAGUCUGAAACCUUCCGAUUGCUACAUGCCAAGAAUAUCACUCGACCACAGCUCAAAUUUCGAGAGAAGAUUGACAAUUCCAACACUCCCUUUGUACCUAAGCUUUUUGUCAAACCCAACGCUCUGAAACCACUGCCUGAAGCACUCGCAAAAAGCAGGCGGGAGCGAAAGGAGCGUCCUGAGGACUUGGAUGUACCGGCUGCUCUAGCCGAUUUCCUCCAUCAACAGAGAACUCAGCAGACUGAACAAGACAUGUUUGCUCAUCCUUACCAGUAUGAACUGGAGCACUUUGUUCCACCAGAUGAAGCUCUCGAGAAACCACAACUCCAGAUGUACAGGCCUGUUGAGGACACACCCUGCCAUUUUAUCUCCACCCUGGAUGAGUUGGUAGAACUGAACGAAAAGCUUGUAAGCUGCAAAGAAUUUGCUGUGGAUUUGGAGCACCAUUCCUAUAGGAGUUUCCUGGGCUUGACAUGUCUGAUGCAGAUUUCCACCCGGAUGGAAGAUUUCAUUAUUGACACCCUGGAGCUACGUAGUGACAUGUAUAUUUUGAAUGAGGCCUUCACGGACCCUGCUAUUGUGAAGGUCCUUCAUGGUGCCGACUCAGAUGUGGAGUGGCUACAGAAAGAUUUUGGUCUGUACUUAGUGAACAUGUUUGAUACUCACCAGGCUGCCCGUCUCCUCAACCUUGGCAGGCACUCCCUGGACCACCUGCUAAAACUCUAUUGCCAUGUGGAAACUGACAAGCGGUAUCAGCUGGCUGACUGGAGGAUUCGCCCUUUGCCGGAGGAAAUGAUCCAGUACGCCCGAGACGACACUCACUACCUGCUCUACAUUUAUGAUAAAGUGAGAGAGGCACUAUGGGAGAGAGGAAAUGGACAGCCCACUCAGCUGCAAGUGGUGUGGCAGCGCAGCAAGGACAUCUGCCUGAAGAAAUACAUCAAACCCAUCUUCUCAGAGGACACCUAUCUUGAGCUCUACAGGAGGCAGAAAAAGCAUCUCAACACGCAGCAGCUAACGGCUUUUAAAUUGCUAUUUGCCUGGAGGGACAAGAUGGCACGCCAAGAGGAUGAGAGUACAGGGUAUGUGCUACCAAACCAUAUGCUACUGAAGAUAGCAGAGGAGCUUCCCAAAGAACCCCAGGGCAUCAUUGCUUGCUGCAACCCGAUCCCACCACUAGUCCGCCAACAGAUCAACGAAAUGCAUCUCCUCAUCCAACAGGCCCGAGAGAUGCCUCUGCUCAAGUCUGAAACUGCAACGGCGGUGAAGAAGAAAGGGUCUCUGCCCAACCCAGAGAGGCUGGAGAAUCAUUUGUUUGGACCUCAUGACAAUUCACGUGUUCCUCUGGAUGAUAUUCAGAACCUCUCAGCCUUAGAGCCUGCACCAGUUCUGGAAUGUGGGAGCCUCUUUUCGGACAGCGAGGGGGAGAUGGACGGCACAAGGAUAUUACCCAAUUCCACGUGUCUUGUUGCUACAGCCACCAUCAGUAUAUUCAGUGAGCCUGAUGUGGAUGAAGGGAAUGAGAAGAACUUAACAGUCGCACAGCAGAAGGCUCAGCGCAUAAUGGAGUCCUUUGAAAAUCCGUUUAGAAUGUAUCUGCCUUCAGAACAGAAUCCUGCCCACAUCUCACAAUCAGCAAAGUUUGACCCAUCAUCAAAAAUUUAUGAAAUCAGCAAUCGGUGGAAGUUGAUGAGUCAGGCACAACUGCAGAAAGAGGCAAAGGAAGAAGCCAAAAAGAAAGCAGUACAGCAGAGAGCUGCUCGUGAACAGGUGCAGAAGGAGUGCAAAGCAACAGCAGAGAAUAUUGUCUCAGUCCGUCAGCAAGCUGUGCAGGAACAGGCCAGCAAGAAGAGGGAGAGAAUCACCAGUGAACCAGGAACAGAGACACCAAAACAGGAGAAGAAACGGCCAAAAGGCUCCCAGCAGCCAGAGGAGCAGGAAAUGCCAAAGCAGUUCACCCCCUUUGAUUACAGCAAGUCUAACUUCAAGGUGUUCGCUGGAAACAGCAAAUCCAAGCAGUCAUCCCAGUUUGAUCCAGCCAAGCAGGCCCACACAGGCAAGAAAUUCUCUGGAGCCAACAAACUUCAGCACCCAGCUGGAAAUAAAAGCAUGUCCUACCUGGCUGGGAAAAGUGAUCGGGGCUCCAGGCACAGCUGGCCAAAAAGAUAGUGUUUUGUAAGAGAUCCUGUGGGAACUGCCAAUGAAGAAAAGUCUCUGUUGUCAAGCUGUGGAGAGGCAAAUAUCAAUCACUGCUGCAGUUUUUGUACAGAAAUCUUUUAAAAAUAAUUAAAACGCUUUUUCCAAAGGGGAAAACCAAUUUUAA